AUGCACCUCCGCAACGGACGCGUCAUCGGCCCCACUCCGCAGGAGACUCCAUCUAUGUCAGUUAACAGAAUGCCCAGCGGGACCCCCGCCCAUCAUCGUCACGCGACUCCUAAGCCCACCGUGGCAGAGCGGCCGCACGGGCAUAAAGAGGUGCCCCCACAAGCGAUUCCUCUGCCCAAUGCUGUACCAGGAGACUGGCCCUUCACCUCGUGGGAACAAUUCCACGCGGCUGUGAGUGCGCUAAGGACCGUUAUGGGGGGGACCAUGGAACCCGGCGAUAGGACUCCCAUCCUGCCAGAAGACGGCAGCACAGUGCAGGCCUUUCUGCUGCGCAUCGAGCGCCGGUACGCGCUGAAGGGAAUGGAGCCGCGCGAGUGGGGAAACGCGCUUAUAGACUAUCUCGUGGGGCCGGCUUUAACGUAUUGGAUGUAUCUACAGCGAACUAUCGAUCUAAGCGACUGGACCACCGUAAAGCACCGGCUUUUGGAACGGUUUAACAAAACAAUGUCACCGAGCGAAACGCUAUCUGAAUUGGCUAAAGUGCGAUGGAAUGGUAACCUGAAGGAAUACACGGAGCGGUUUGCGACUGUAGCGGAGCGGGCCAUGAGUCUUACCCCUGCUGAACUCGCGGAAUACUACUGCACAGGGCUACCGACUGACCUCCACCUCUCAAUAACUAAUGAGGGACACAUGAAAUACCCGACGUGGGAACAAGCGGCGACAGCCGCAGCACGGUUCUACGAGCCCAAGCAGAGCUUGCUGGAACUCCGCGAAAGAAACAGUCGAGCCCUUAGGGCUGCCAUACAAGCUAAUGGACCCCGUGGGCGCCAUGAAAUAGGAAAUCGCUCUGGGGGAGCCCGAGGAAACUGUUUUGAGUGUCAGGGACGCGGACACCCGGCACGCGUCUGCCCCAGCAAAGGGGAACGCACCAAGCGUCCGGGGGAAACCUGCAAGAGAUGUGGAGGUGUGGGACACUAUGCUCGGGACUGCGCCACGUAUGAACGCGGCAUGCCUGAGCCGGUGGACCAGCGCGGUGGAGCGCCCGCCCGUCCUAACACUGAAACGACGGAGCGAUUAAACUUGCGGGCCUAG